AUGGAAUUUAAUUUAAUUAUAAUAAAAAGUUUUACCAAGUUUUUUAAAACUUUUGGCGGUAUAAGCAAAAAGAAAAAUAGUAUGGAGUGUAUAUAUGGAAAAAAUUGGGAAGGUUUAAAUAUGUUACCAUACGAAGUUUUAUUAAAUGUUUUUUCAUUUUUAGAUGAUUUAAAAGAUAUUAAAUCACUAAAGCUUGUAAGUAAAACUUUCAAUAAUAUAGCAUCAGAAUGUUCUUUGUGGAGAAUGUUUCUUAUCAAACUAAAUACAAAUGGUAAAAUAACUCCAAGAGUAUGUCAUUCUGCAAUUGUUUAUAAUAAUUUAAUGUAUGUCUAUGGUGGUCAUUUACCAGAUAGUCACACAUUUAUUAAAGAUGUAAAGAGCGAUUUAAAUACCUUUGAUUUCAAAUCAAGAAAAUGGGAUACAAUAGAAACUAGUGGUGAAAAGCUACCAGAAAAAACUGAGCACUCUGCUGUAGUUUAUAAAAAUUCAAUGUAUAUAUUUGGUGGAUACUCUGGUGUUACUGGGAAUUAUUCAGAUACAACUAUCUUGAAACUAAACUUGGAUACUUUAGAAGGAGAAUCCAUUAAUGGUACAGGUCAAAAACCAAUGGGGAGAUCAGCCCAUUCUGCAGUAGUCUAUGAUUGUUAUAUGUAUAUAUUUGGAGGUUGGGAUGGAACAGAAUCAAACAACACCUUCUACCGUCUUAAUUUAGAUACACAUAUAUGGGAGAUAGUACCAGCCAAAGGUAACCCACCUCCAUGUAUCCGUUCACACAGUGCAGUUGUUCAUAAUAAUCACCUUUAUAUUAUUGGAGGCUAUGGACCUGAUGGUCAUACAGAAUUCCCAUACUCCUAUGAUUUAUUAAAUAAUGAAUGGAUCCCCAUGGUAGAUAAUAAAGAUGGUCCUUGCUCUCGUUCACGUUUACGUACCGUUGUCUAUGGUGAUAGUUUAUGGUGCCUAGGUGGUUGGAAUCGUUCUAAUUAUUAUAACGACUUAUGGAAAUUCGAUUUAAAUACUCGUGAAUGGUGCAAAAUAAAAUCAAGUUUUGAUCUCUCAGGAAUUGGUCAAUAUUCAGUAGUAUCUUAUAAGAAUCAACUAUAUUUUUAUGGCGGAUAUAACCCAAGAACAUGCUCACCACAACCAAACUUAUACACGUAUAUUGUAGAAAAAGAUUUAGAAAAAGAAGAGAACAGAAGCAUUAUUUUCGAAAAGGAAGAUUUAGAUUUUAAUAUUUCAAUUAAAAAAGAUUAUAAUAGUUACGAAAAAGUAUUUGAUAUUAACAAAUCUCCAAACCAAAAAUCAUAUAAAGAUCAAAACUAUUCAAAUAUCGGUAUUCCAACUGUUUAA